CACCUCCUUCCUGGUCUGGGACAGCCCUGCAGCUCUGUCUCCUCCUCUCCUGGCUCCACCCCUUUGGUCUCUCAGUUUUCUGGCUGGACAGGUUCAGAAGCUGGAGGCUGAGAAGCAGUUGGAGGUCCUGGACCCGUGGGAGGAGGGAGCAGUGUCUACAGGACAAGGACCAGGGGCCCCAGAGGCCUCCUACUAACCGGCAGUCAUGCACCCCUGUCCUUUGGCCGUUCCCGGCCUGGUCUUCCAGAUGUUUGGUGCCUUCUUGCUCUUGGCCGCCUCCCUGAGUGCUCAGAAUGCAAGGUGGGACAGGCCCACCUGCACGGAGGGCGUGGUAUCCGCGUCCAGGGGUGGGCGAGCCGUACUGACCUGCAACAGCUCCAACCCCUUCGUCCAUAUCACUAUCCACCUGCGCGCCCGCGGCCAGAAUCAGAUCAUCUUUGACAAGAAGACCCCGGGAAACUUCUCCUGGGGAGCCUGGCAACUCGAGGUGCGAGGGGGCUGGGCCCAGCUGGUGAUCCAGCCCACCCAGGAUGCCCACGCAGGGCUGUACCUGUGGCAUCUGCAGGGACUGCAGAGACAUAACAUAGAGACCAGGCUGAAUGUCUCAGAGCCCCAAGAGCACGAGCUAGAGCGGGGUCCCCUGCUGUCCACGUCUCCCUGGAGUGUUCCACCCCUGUCUCCAGCACCUGUAGGCUCCAAGAAGCUGCAGGCUGUGCCCCAGGCCAGGCUGGGGUACAAAGUGGGAAUCCCUGUGGCUGCUAUCUUCUUGAUCCUGGUGAUUGCAGGCUUACUCAGCUGGCGCUACCACCAUCAUUCAACAAAAUUUGGAGACUCAUACAGAGUCCACGCACCAGAGUCCAUCGAGAGCUGAGUAUAUGCACCAGGCGUGUGAAUCACAACCCCUGCAGUUCACAGCGUGAGGUCACCAGCGUGGGGUGGCUGCAAUCCAGCACUCUUUGGAGCCCAGGGCCAUGCUCUGGGUUCCAGAUGAGCCACAACUGCCACUUGGAAAGCUAGGAGGACCCCGUCCACUACUGUUGGGAAAGGAGAGCCUGCCUGCGUGCAUGGACAUUGCACAGGGGUCCAGAGACAGAGGACACUGAGGUGUGAGGAGGGUAGCCUUUUCUGUCAAAGGGGAUAUAGAAAUCUCUAGUUUUGCAAAAUCCUAUUUUUGUAAAUUGUACACAUGCUUGUUUCAUCAUUCCUUAAAAAAACAACUUGAGACAAAGAGCUGCA